CUUUCAACGAGCACAAUAUACUCUGCCCCUUCGCGCCCUGGAUCCUUCAACGCAGCUAUUAAUAGCGCGUCCCCUGCCAAUUAUGGUGCAUCUCAAAGAAUGCCCUCUCAAGUACCAACUUUUCAAGACUUGCUAAUGAGUUCUCCUCCGGCACCUGCUGUGGUCGACUUUGCUCCCUCUGGGCUGUGUGCUCGAACAAGUUCCGUUGGAAUGAAGGGCUCUACGACACAAUUUUCAAGACUUGUGUUGCUCUCACUAAUGUCAACAUUGAAACAAGCCCUUUACGCAGGCAAGACAACGAUUACCACCUACUAA